CGUGUCCUUUUAAACGAAAUGGUCACAGUCCGUGUGAGUAGAUUAGAGUGUAAAACGGUUGUUGCAGUUUGCUGCCGUCGAACUGAAAUUGGUGUUAGUUUAGGUUAGAUUGACAGAACAGCGUCGGCUGCACAGCGCUAGCUAAGAGGAGGAAACUGAAGUGUGCGGUCUCAAGUCGCAUACAGAGAUUGUGAGUGGGUCAUCAGGCAGUCUCCCUAUGUCAGGCCGAAACGGGUCUGCAAGUGAUGCAGACUGUCGGAUCUCUGAGGACUGCCAUGUCCCAGAUGUUGAGCUGAUGGAGCUGGGGCCGCUGCUGGAGGAAGGAGGGGCAGCAUCUAAAGGCGGCCAUGCAGAGGGAGCUGCAAUGCUUGCUGAUGAGGAAGAUGAUGAUGAAGAGGUGGGAGACGUCUUGACCUUACCACUUCAGGCUCACCAUGCCAUGGAGAAGAUGGAGGAGUUUGUACACAAGGUUUGGGAGGGACGUUGGAGGGUCAUCCCUUUUCAUGUCCUGCCUGAGUGGCUUAAGGACAACGAUUACCUCUUGCAUGGACAUCGACCCCCUAUGCCAUCCUUCAGGGCCUGCUUUGGAAGCAUCUUCAGAAUUCACACUGAAACAGGAAAUAUCUGGACUCACCUGUUAGGGCUGAUCCUAUUCAUUUGUCUGGGCACAUUAACCAUGUUGAGGCCCAACAUGUAUUUUAUGGCCCCACUGCAAGAGAAAGUGGUGUUUGGAAUGUUCUUCCUGGGAGCUGUGCUCUGCCUCAGCUUCUCCUGGCUCUUUCAUACCGUCUACUGCCACUCCGAGAAAGUGUCUCGCACCUUCUCCAAACUUGACUACUCGGGCAUUGCCCUCCUGAUCAUGGGCUCGUUCGUGCCCUGGCUGUACUACUCAUUCUACUGUUCCCCACAGCCACGACUUAUCUACCUCACCAUUGUCUGUGUCCUUGGCAUUGCUGCCAUCAUAGUGGCCCAGUGGGACCGUUUCUCUACACCUCGUCACAGACCUACACGAGCAGGGGUGUUCAUGGGACUAGGAUUAAGCGGCAUCGUCCCCACCAUGCACUUCACCAUUGAGGAGGGUUUUGUUAAGGCCACCACAGUCGGCCAGAUGGGCUGGUUCUACCUGAUGGGUGCCAUGUAUAUCACUGGUGCUGGUCUGUAUGCAGCAAGGAUCCCUGAACGCUAUUUCCCUGGAAAGUGUGACAUCUUGUUCCAUUCUCAUCAGAUUUUUCAUGUCCUGGUCGUGGCAGCAGCGUUCAUUCAUUUCUACGGCGUUUCCAAUCUGCAGGAGUUUCGCUAUGGCCUCGAGGGAGGAUGCACAGAUGACACUCUGCUCUGAGAUCCUGACUGUGACUUACUCAUGCUUUUCUUUAUAGCCCCAUAAGCAACACAAACACACACACAGCAUUUUUCCACUAUACAUUCCCAGCAUGGUGUAACUCGGCACGUUUUCUUUGCUUUUCCAUUAGUGAUAGUACCUGGACCUGGUACAUUUUUUUUUUUUAGUACCUGAGGCAUUAGCAAGAUGUCCGACACAACAAUCAAACCUAAAAAAUGCCGAACUAUAGAUCUAUUAAAAACUCUUGAGAACUUGCGUUAAUCUCCGACAUUUUACAAGGAAAUGUCUAAAAUCCUCAAUAUUUAACAAAGGAGUCUGGUGUAUUUAGCGACAGCACCGCUGAAAGCCUGUGAUUGUGAGCGGCGAACAUCUGUGUGAUUGUGUCAGACGGAGUCUGUGCUCCGGUCAUGCAGGAAGUACGAUUCUGUGAACAAAUCUUUUUAAUUAACUGAUUCUAAUGAUUCAGUACAUCGAAAAAACUUCUUUACAAGUCACUAGUUUGUGAGUGUUGAGUGUAAGUCACUGCAGUUUCAUGCAGCUGUGCAGUGAUGACUCCGCCCACGUUGAGAAGGUACUAUAGAAAUGGAAAACAAACUGAACUGUGUAAAGUCGUGCCGUGCCAUGCCGAGGCGAGCGGUGCUGGGAUUAUGUAGUGGAAAAGCGCCAAUACACACACACACACACACACACACACCCCUACACUUACACGUGCUGCUGGAAUUGAGUAUAGUCCCUAAUAUUGCUCCUUCUGUAUGUCUGAUUUGCAAAUAUCCUUUUUGGGUUUUGGUGGUCUGUCUAAUUUGGCUCCUUUUUGCUCCAAUAAAGUAGCAUUAACUAGCCAAUGAACUAUGGAGGGAAUCUUAAACGGGCAGAGCAGAGCGUCUUUUAAAUUUAUGAAGCUUCAAGUCUGCGUUUUCAAGCGAAGUCAAAAUGGGACUUUUACCAAAUCAAUUAUUACUGUAAUGUUUCUGUUCACCUUUUAGAAACUCUCUAGUAGCCCAGCUUCACCCGUCUGUUACAAUUAUUUUAGAGAGUUGUUGUGCUGUAGCAGGGAGCACUAGUUAUAAACCAUUCCUUUUAUCCCUCCCAGUUGACAUGCAGAUUAGAGGACCAUCUGACGGAAAUAGGAGUCCAGGACCAUGUAGGUGAUUCAGGCCUAAACACACCUCUGUUUGUAUAUUUGAGGAGAGUCAAUAAAUACACACAUACACUGUGUAAGGAUGUCACCAGAUAUCCAUAUCAACAAAAACAGUACAACUUUUCAUUUAAACCUGUGAGACCAGGCUCACGCCAUAGUAAAAGUUCUUCAAAAUCCCAAUGAAACAUAAUAAUAAAUGUCAUUACAAAAGAAACAUGGAGCUUAAAUCCACUAUUUGGGGCUUACAGGUGUGUCUGAGUAAUGAGGGAUGUAGUGUUAAUCAGAUUUUUACCUGAAUAAAUCAGUGGGCUGGAUAUUUCCUUGUUUGACUUUUAUACUGGAAUUCCUGCUUUGAUCAGCAAUAGUCUCAAGUGAUUUUCAAAUGUCACUGAAAGGCUGUAAAGGUUUGUAGCUUCUGUGGGGAAAUGUAUGAGUUUAGAUCAGAUUAGAUUAAAAUGCUGAGGUGAAAAAACACCUAGCAUAAUUUUUCAGUCAGAAAACACUCAUUAACUCAUUUCUAGGGUAAUUUUUCCUGGGCUACGCACAAUGUAUAGAUCUGGAUUGGUCUAAUUGUUUUGCAAGGUAAUGUAUUUUUUCCUUUUGUGCUAGAUUACAGAUGCAAUGAGAGGUGUAAAUAUUCAAUGCACCUUGGUGUAUAACAUGGAAUUCUAAACUUUAAAUCACUAUAUGGGGUUUAAAAUGUGUUAUGUAUGAUUGAUAUAAACUUUUAGUAUUCCUGUGCCUUAGGCCAAUGGAAAUGUUUUUAAAUAAAAUGGCCUAUCUUAACUGUCAA